AUGAUGAUCCCAUAUAGGGGUAGAGGCCGCGGUUAUGGCCGGGGUGGGAGAGGGAGUAACAAUAUGUUACCCCAGCCAAAAUCAAACAUUCCUCUAAUAGGGGAUUUGACUACUAUCUACAAAGGUAGAAAAAUGCAGCAAUCACCUGCAUCUUCAGAAAAAAGGAAGAUAUUGCUUUCUCUUCCUCUAAUAAAACUACACCAUACAAGGAAGUUGCGGUUAAUAACCCACCUCAAGAACAAAUGA